CCAGACAAGGAUCGUUGCCUCAUUUUCCUGGAUAAUUUCACGGAAGUGGAGCAGCUAAAAUUGCUGAAGGGAAUGAAAGAGCGGUAUGAUUGGUCAAAAAUUCGAGAGAAUUUAUUGGCCGGGAACUUUGAUAAGAUCCUCUACCGAUUGCUGAAACAGCAGAAGGAGAAUCGAGAGAGGAUACAGUUGGGAACAGAUAAGGAUAGGGAAGUCCAUAAGACCUUAUCUGACAUGAAGGAAAUGAUGACCAGCAUGAAAGAAGAGCGGUUGAAGCUUCAAGUGAUGAUGGCUAAGGCGAAAACUGGGAAGAGAAAAGGGAAGGAGCCUGUCACUAAAGAGAGUACUAGUGAGAGUGAGAGCGAGGAGGAAAGGGAACCCCCUCGUAAGUUGACCAAGGCUGAGAGGAAAGCCUUGAACCAGAUACAAGGAGGGCAAGGUACUUCUUGUAAACAAGGAGAAAGCAACAAGAACGGAGGAAAUGGAAGUGGGGAGCGACAGGUUGACCAAGGACAACAAAAUCAAGGUCAACAGACUCAACCACAGGGUGGUCGAUGCCGUGGUAGAGGCCGCGGAAACGGAAGUGGACGUGGAAACUGGCAGGAAUACGUCUGCAAAUAUUGUGAUAUGAAGGGACAUGUUAUUUGUUUCUGCCAGAUUCUUGCUAAGGAUGAGAAGGACCAUGUCGUCUUCACGACGAUUCGAGGAGAAGUCUUUGACUUCGAGGGAAACCUCAUGGAUCAGGAUAUUGAAGGAGGAAUGAGAAAGGAGGCUUUUCGACGGAUGAGCCGUCCUCUUCCGGCCACGUUUCGCCUAACUUCUCCUGAAGAAGCAAGUCUUUUUGAGUUGGAAGAAACAAUGGCUUCUCUGAAGAUUGGUGGGUGUGACGAAAAUGAGUUGGAGGAAAAGAAAGAACACAUUGCUCAUCGGGCGCGAGAGGUAACCAGGAAACUGGGCAAAUGUCGAAAUUUCAUUGUUCAAUUAUGUGUUGACAUGGAAGAAGUUUGGCCGAACCUUCCGAAUGUGUUCCUCUUUGGUGGAUGGGAAAACGAAGGACAGGAUGGGUCAGCACCUUUGGCCGCUUCGGCGCCGGAAGCGCCAAUGACACGGCCAAUGACGAUGUCCAGACCUGUACUCAAGCGAGGGAUGCCAACCGUCAUGGUGCAGACAAGGAAAGGAAGGAAGACCUCACAAUCGCAGCCUGUGCCAGGAGAAAGUUCAAAGGGACCUCAGGAGAAAGAACCUAUUCAGGUAGAAGAAGGGGAGGAUGAUGAGGAGGAUGAAAGAUUGUGAGCAGAGGAUGAACUGCUAGCAAAACAGAGAGCUAUAGAAAAGGCGUCGGAAGUAG